AAAACCGAACCGAACCGGCGAGCGUCGAGCAUAUAACUGAAACUGAAACCGAAACGCAGCGAGGCAGCGAGCAGUGAAGCCAGCAACAACAGCGUUGACGUCGACGCCAAUAGCAGCAGCAGCAGCAGCAGCAGCAGCAGCAACAAAUGGACAACAAGACGCUGGCGGAGGGAAACGCGCGCAGGCGCCGCAACAAUACAACAACUGCCCAGCAACGGGAGCAACAGCGCCAGCUGGAGCUGCAGCGAGAGCGUGAAUGGGUUGGCAACACUCAGGCAACUGGUAAGGCGGCAACGCUGCCCAAAUCCCAACUCCAUUUAAGCGCCAAGGCGCUGCCGAAUGGCAAAGGCAACAAGAGCAAUAAUAACAAUGCCAAGAAGCGCAAUCGCUGCUUGGGAGCCGUUCGGGAGCCGGUGCAGCGUCCAGUCUUGCGUACAUCGAGUGUGGCAUUUGGAUGCAGCUACUCGGUCAUGUCAUUCAUGUCAACGCUGUCAGCAAUUCCGACGCAGCCGACCAAAUGCAACAAAUUCAAAUCGCCACAACAGCUCAAGUCAAUGAAGCCAAUGGAAGCGGCGCACAAGCAGCUGGAGCUGUUGCUCACGCGCAUUGAGAAUGAUGCAGUGAAGCCGAGACAGAUGGCGGUGCCGGUGACCGAGCCAGCAUCGAAACGACAACGAUGCAAGCCGCCGGCGCCGGCAAAGCGGGUGCGACAACAAAUGGAGCAUCCGCCGCCAGUGCCGACAGUGUCGCCGCUGAACAGCGCUCGCCGCAACGAAACUACGACGACGACGACGAUGUUGAGUGUGCCGCUGACACAUAAUCCUCAAUUGCUGCUCGAAACAAUUUCGCAGAGCGAUAAACAGGAGAAGCAGCAGGUUGUCAACAUAUUGCACAGCGAACAUAAUACUAAUCAUGAUCAUUAUCAUCAUGAUGAUGAUGGUGAUGAUGAUGAUGUUAACGAUGCUGAUGACGGUGAUCCAUCAAAAGAUGCAGUACAUCCCACACUCCAAAUGCUGCCGUUGGCUUUGACGCCCGGUGAAUCGCCGUAUCGCGAGAAUUUCUUGCCUGGGCAUCGCGUUCCGAGGGAGCGCCAAAAGAAGCAGCAGCAGCAACUCCAAGCGCCCAAGACACAGCUCGAUACCAGUGGCAAGAUCUUUCAAUCCGUACUGCCGGUGGAGGACUUCGACGAUGAGAAGCCAGUGUCCGACACGAAACUGGAGCACCACGACCAGCCAGCAGAAAUUCAACCGGAGUCGCAGCAGAUGCGCCAGCUGCAGGCAAUGAAAGAGCGGGCCGAACUGGAUAGGCAGAAACAGUUGGUCAUCGAGUGGCGUCUCCGUCAUCGCCUGACCGAAUUGAGACAGACGGAGCAGCAGAUGACCAAACGUGUGCUGAAGAAGUCCCUGCAAUUGAAGCAACUGAAAAAGACAAUUUCCGAAAGGAAUGCACGCAGGCGGGUCAAGCUGCUGUAUUCCACUCAAGCCACCGUCAAUAAUAGUGGCAUUGAUGAGGAUUGGAGCUUUGACCAAGAUCUCGACGACGAUGAUGAUGAUGUAACGCCGCGCCCCAAUAUCGUUGUAUCAUCAUCAACUCCGGAUGAUGAUGAUGAUCUUAGCGAUGCGCUUAAGCAGCGACAGCAAUUCCAAGAGCAAUGCCAGCAAAGUUGCCUGUAUAGUGAUCCCAAGUGUUCGACACCCUGGAAUAUGAUUGCCAACAUAAGCAACACAUUUAGCACACAGUUAAUGGAAAUCAUAAACGCUGAACUCCAUCAAAGCAUACCCAUUUUAUCCACUGAUUUGGCCAACCAGUCCAAUUAAUCUAAUCCUAUUACGGAUACUCUACCCCGACAAGUAAAAGUAAAAUUUUACGUGCACCAUUUAAAUUGUAUAUAAAUAUUUGACGGUAAUAAUAAUAAAUAAAACAGCUUAAUGGCCAACCAAAGUUACUUCAAAGUA